AUGGGCCUGCAGCAGACGAACAUUCGACACUUUAUGGUCUCCUAUGUGAUGCUCCAAGGUGUCGGUCUCAUGCCUCUUCAGCUUCUCAGCAUCGGCCCGCUGUUCCUUCUCGUCUGGAACCGCCUGUCCGCCAAGACGCCCCGAGACUAUGCCACGGCUAACGCCGCUCCAAUGCUCAACUACGGAUGGGUCUAUCCCCAGGCUCUGCUCAUCUUCACCAUCACGCUCGUGUACAGUGUUGUUACGCCUUCCAUUCUUGUCUUUGGCGCCAUCUACUUUGGUUUUGCCUACCUGGUAUUCAAGUAUAAACUCCUCUUCAUCUACUUCAAGCCCUGGGAGUCGAACGGCGAGGCCUGGAAGAUCACCUUUGACCGCCUCAUCUGGGCCCUUGUCAUCUUCCAGCUGUUCGUCACUGGGCUCUUUUCGCUCAUCAAGGCGUUCAAGCUGGUUGCUCUCAUGGUCCUGCUGGUCGCCUACACCAUCUGGUGGGGAAUCACCAUGUCACACCAGUUCAGCCCGCUCAGCAAGUACCUGGCCCUGUCCAGCGUUUGCGACGUACAGCGCGGCGAGUCGACCGACGAGGUCCUGGGGGUCGACGACCCGGCCGUCCCGCGCUCUCAGAGCAACCUGAAUCACAAGCGCUACGCCAUGAAUGACGACACGCUCUACGUGGCGCCCGCGGACCGCAAGACCGACUACUCGCAGCCGCCGAUGAACAGCUUCUACUAUGGCGUUCUCAACACUGGUCGCAGACGAUACGGCCACCCCGCGCUCACUGGCAAGCUUCCCAAGCCGUGGCUCCCGUCCAAGGCUCGUCCGCCUGCGUUUGGUGACGCCGCUGCUGCUCGCCGCGGUGUUGUUCUCAGCCUCCGCCGCAAGGUUGCCAAGAGGCUGCGCCGUUACCAGCAGGGCGAGUCUGAUGGCGACCGGACAGCCCGCGAGGGCUCCACGGGCACGUUUGGCGAGGCCGACGAAUGGGGCCGCCGAUCCGAGUCGCCGUCCCAGUCAGGCUCCCAGCUGGCCAGUGAUGCCGGUCUCGACGGCGGCCGACUCGGAGACAGCACCUACGCCAGUUCGUCGGGCUCUACGCCUUCCAACCCGUGGGCAAGGGACAGCACACCCGUGCCCGACUUUGGUGGCAUCCCGCGUCGUCUCAGCUACGAUACAGGCUCGGGCGUUAUUGCACUUGGCGAUGAGCACGUUUGGGACGACGAUGCAGACGACGACGACGACGAAUCGCCUCUCGACCAGAGCGAGUCCCAGGACGCGCCAGCCAGUCCGUCUACCUAUUUCCAUCGUCCGAACCGCCGCCGCACGUUGUCCAGCGUGGGCACGGUGCAGGCGCAGUAG